AUGGUGCAUCUGGACAAUAUUGUCGGCGAUGAGUUAGUAGUUCCGGAAGAGGUCAACAUAGAUGCUAAGCCUAAAGAGCUGAUUAACGAUGUUAAAACAAAUGUCGUUGCGGUGGAUGUUCGACCACAAUUAACAAAUGAUAUGAAUUUCACUUGUGGUGAACAUUUGCUAGAUUGGGUCCAAAAUGAAGCUAGUAAAGUUGGAUUUGGCAUUGUGAUAUUAAGGUUGGACAAUGGCACUAGUAGAAGGCAAGCUUUCAUUGUGUUGAAUUACGAGAAGGGUGGAAAGAUUGACGGUUUGUGGCGUUUUAGCGUCAUUUGUGGACUUCAUAUUCAUGCAUUGAAAACUAAGCUACACAGGCAUCCAAUUUUGUGUCGACUAUCCCGCCAAGAGAAGGGUGGUAUUUCAGAAUUAUCGAUGAUCAAAGUUGUACCGAGAAAUACUUGCCGAUUUGAAGCGGAAAAUACCAGAUAG